CAGUGACACGGAGCUGUCUCAUUUCCGGGAAAACCGAGGGACACCUCUAUAAAGCUGCUCCCAUCCCGAGAUCCUCAAUUCCUGCUCUCGCUUUCCCCUCUUGCUCAGGUCAGCCAGCACAGGACCAUGUGCUCCCGCCAGGAGAAGGACCAGUGCCACCGGCAGCAGCGCCAGAGCAGCGGCGGCUGUCACAGCUCCGGGGGUGGCUGUCACAGCUCCGGGGGUGGUGGUGGCUGUCACAGCUCGGGAGGUGGUGGCGGCUGUCACAGGUCUGGGGGUGGCGGGGGCUGUCACAGCUCCGGUGGCUCUGGCUGUCACAGCUCCGGCGGCUCCGGCUGUCACAGCUCCGGUGGCUCCGGCUGCCACAGCUCCGGUGGCUCCGGCUGUCACAGCUCCGGCGGCUCCGGCUGCCACGGGAAGCCGCAGGUGCAGGUGCAGCAGCAGCAGCAGCAGCAGGUGCUGCAGGUGCCCCAGCAGAAGAUGAAGUGACAGCGCUGCCCACGCAUUGUGCCAGCGCCAGCAGCCAAGGCCACGCGGGGACCGGCUCCCUCCCACCUCCCCAGAGCUUCCAAACCCUCCCCGGUGCCCUCCGGAGCCGUCAUUCCUUGGGAAGGGCCUGGCUGGUGCUUCCCUGGUGUCCCCGGCUGUGCCUUGGCCCUGUGUGGUGCUCAAUAAAGAGUUCCAUUCCCUAAA